AUGAACAUCUAUUUCUGCGGCAGCAUUCGAGCUGGAAGAGAAGAUUUACCAAUUUAUCAACAAAUAGUUUCGGUUUUGAAAAUAUAUGGCAAGGUUUUAACUGAACACGUGGCAUUUCCAGAACUUGAAAUCUUAGAAGAUGCUUUAACCGAUUCUGAUAUUCUUGAACGAGAUUUACGAUGGCUUUCGGAAGCUCAUGUUAUUGUGGCAGAAGUGACAGUUCCAUCACUGGGUGUUGGUUAUGAAAUUGGACGAGCUGUAGCAAUGAAUAAACCGGUAUUAUGUCUUUUUCGCCCUUCAUGUGGGAAACGAUUAUCGGCACUUAUUCGUGGUUCAGAAAAUAAUCGUUCGUUUUUUGUUGCUGAAUAUGAACAUAAAGAAGAUUAUGAGCAAUGUAUAACACGUUUCAUGAAUUAUUGUCAACAGAAACGAGUAGUUUGA